AUGAAGAAAAUUAGUUAAUAGAUGUUAACAUUAAUGAACAAAAAUAGCUUACAAGAUAAACCAUUCAAUAAUGACCUAAAAAAAAAUAAAAGUAAACCUAAGACUGUCAAUACAGAAAGACCUUAAUCCAAGACUCAGAAGAAUGAUUUGCUUGAGUAUUUUAAGAAAGAAAGGAACACUCUAACUUAAGUUGCUAACUCAUCAAAGGGAAUAUUAUAAGGAAGUAAAAGCAUUGAUAAUUUAUAACAAUUAAGUUAGAAGAGUGAACGCUUAAAAACUGGCUAAUUUAAUGUAUAUAUUACAUAUUACUCUAUAUAGGUUGAUGUACGUAUCUAAACUGAUGAUGGUAAUAGUGCUAAAAGAUAAAUUUUAAAAUAAAAAAACUUAUCAUUGGCGACUAUUUCAUUAGAUGCUUAAAAUAUUGAUAAAAUGUUGAAAAAUUAAUUAUCAAAAUAACCUUAAACUACAAAGUAAUCUUACAACUAAUCUCCAUAAAAUUAAAUCAAAUAACCUAUUUAGAAAUAAAAAGAUCAAUUAUUAUUUGAUAUGCAUUUAGUAUUAUAUAUAAUAUAUCUAGCUAAAAAAUACUGUAUGCUCUAAUGAGUGUUAGAAUUAUUUAAAUUUAAAAUAGAAUAAAUAAUCUAUUUAAUCCAAUACUUCAUCAAAUCAUAGAUAGUCUAUUGAGGAUAUGUUUUCUAGUUAAAAACUACUAAAAGGAUCUAUAUAAGGAUCCAUAUAAUAUUAAUCAUAGAAACCUAAAAAAAAUGAAAGUGAAUCUAAAUCAAACAAUUAAAGUCAUAUAAAAACAGAAUAUUCAUCAGGUUCAAAUUAAUAAUUCAUAAAAUAAAAGUGCAAAGAAGAUACUGUAUAAUAUAAUAUUAACAAAUAAUUAUAAAUAAUUCUUUAUUAUAAAUAAUAAAAGUAAGAUAUAUUAUUAUAAAAUAGAUACAAUUAUUUAUACGAAUAUUAAAAUUAAACUACUGAUGAUAUGUACAAUUAUUUAAUACAAUAAAUAGCAUGUAUAGAAAGAUCAUUUACAAAACUUGGAAGUGGAACAGGCUCAACUGAAGUAGAUUAAAUAUAAUAAGGUAUUUAAAAAAUAAAACAUUUUUAGAAUUAAAUAAAAUAUAUUAAUUUUAAACUGUAUCCAAAAAUAUCCCCUAUGAUUACUACUUAACAAUUCCAGAUUUAACUUUAGAUGUUUUCAAAGGAAUUACAUUAUAACUUCAACCAUUAUAUACAUAACCUAUUACAACAAAAAGAGUUGGAUUAAAGGAUUUUACUUUAGUUAAAUGUAUAGGUGUAGGUGGGUUUUCAAGAGUUUAUAUGGUUAGAAAGAGAGAUAAUGGGAAAUUUUAUGCUUUGAAACUUAUUGAUAAGAAAUUCAUUUUAGAUAAUUAAAAAGAGAUUAUAGUAUAAAAUGAAAGAGACAUUAUGGUUUAGAUGGAGAAUUAAUUUAUUACUCCAUUACAUUAUGCAUUUGAGACUAAAUACUAUAUUGCAUUUGUUCUUGAUUAUUGUGCUGGAGGUGAAUUAUUUUAUCAUUUACGUAAAUUGAAAAGAUUGAAUGAAUAAGAUGCUAAAUUCUAUUUUGUAGAAAUUUGUAUUGGUAUGGCUUAUCUACAUUCCUAAAAUAUUGUAUAUAGAGAUAUUAAACCAGAAAAUAUUCUAUUAGAUUUACAUGGUCAUUUAUUAUUAAGUGAUUUUGGUUUAUCAAAGCCAGAUAUGUCACCAGAUGAUUUUGCUUAUUCUUUUUGUGGAUCACCAGAAUAUAUGGCUCCAGAAAUGUUAAUGAAAACAGGUCAUAAUUAUUUAGUUGAUUGUUAUUGUUUAGGUGCUUUACUUUAUGAAUUAGUUACAGGAUUACCUCCAUUUUAUUCUCAUAAUACAUAAGAAAUAUAUAAUUCAAUUUUGACUGAAACUGUUGAAUUUCCAUAAUAUGUUCAAAUAUCACCAGUUUUAAAAGAACUUAUAUUGAGAUUACUUUAAAAAGAUCCAACAGAAAGAUUAGGUUAUAAUGGUGGCAUUGUUGAAAUUCUUACACAUGAAUGGUUUCAAGAUGUUGACUUUGAAGCAAUUGCCAAUAAAAAGUUAAAAACUCCUUAUAAACCAGAACCUCUUAAAUAUAAUUUUGAUGAAGAAGAAUUUAAUAAAGGAGAUGCUGAAUUUAGAAAGUAAUAUUAGACAAAUAUGUAAAAAGAAUAUCAUGUAAUAUUUAUUUAUUAAUAUUUAGAAUAUUGAUACAGCAAAUUAUGUAUUAAAAAACUUUUAUUAUUCAAGAGAAUCCUAAGUUGGACUUGAAAAAACUAAAAGAACAAAUGAGGUUAAUCUUAAUCAAUUAAAAAAUUAAGCAAUUCCUAUUGAAUCUUAAUCUCCUGAUAAAACAUUGAAGGUUUUAUAAUAAUAAAAGGGAGAAUAUUAUUCAUAAUAGUCAGUACUUGCAUCUCCUUAAGAUGGGAAAAGAAUUAAUAGAUAAACUGGAAAAAGUGAAGUUUAUGAUUAUUUUAAGAAACAUGAUUUGUUGACAAAAUCAUCUCAAUUACUACAUUAAUCUACUAAAUUAGGACAUUCCUAUUCAAAAACAAUGUAAUAAGCCCAAAACUCUUUAUAAGAUUUAAAAGUAAAUAAAUAUUAUUAUUUUAGUAAUUCAAAUUAUUUGUUGAUUAAUCCAAAGCUUUAAUCUGUUCAGAUAGAACAACAACUAUGCCAGAUUAAAACCAUAAAAAUAUUACAGAAAGAAUCAAAACAGAACAAUUUGGAAAUCUACCAUCUCCUAAAACUACUACUAAUAGUUCAUUGAAUAAGUUAAAUAAUUUUUCAAAAUUAUUUGUAUCUGAGAAAUAAAAAUAUAAAUGAAU